AACAGUGGUGUGCCUGAAAAAGCUCUAUCUAAAACUCUAAGAUGGCAGGUGAAGAGUAUAUUAAUGUUGACCCACUCUGUGUCCAGGGCCAUAGAGGAGAUGGGCAGCAAGUGGGCACUAGGACCAGCGAGAUCCAGCAGGACAUCCAGAGCAGGAGGCUGAACGCAGGGGGUCGCGGGACCUGGAUCUACCCGCUUGUUGCAGUGGGCUUCACGGUCACAUGCAUUCUGCAGCUGAGCCUGAGCAUCUUCCUACGAUGGCAUUACAUGAACUCCACCGCGGAGGACAAUCUAAAGGCAGUCAUCAGCAACCUGACCAACACCACAUCUGCUCAAAUUGACCAGCUGAAGGCAGAAUUAAACGACCUGGCCAGCAUGAAGGCUGCCGAGAUAGAGCAGCUGAAGGCAGAAUUAAACAACCUGGCCAGCAUGAAGGCUGCCGAGAUAGAGCAGCUACUUAAGGACAAGCGGGAGAUUGAGACGAAGCUCUGUCGGAUGGAGGGUUCGUGCGAGGGAUGGGUCGGCUUCAAGACCAGCACCUACUACGUGUCCACAGAGAAGAAAUCCUGGACUGAGAGUAGACAGGACUGUAAGGACAGAGGUGCUGACCUGGUGGUCAUCAACAGUGAAGAAGAACAAAGGUUCCUGCACAGCCUCCAUGAAGUCACCUGGAUUGGUCUGUCUGACCAGGAGGCAGAUCGGGUUUUCCACUGGGUGGAUGGUGGGCGUAUAACAUUCAACGUUGUGUAUUGGGGAACUGACCAGCCAACAUAUGAAGAUGAACUCUGUGUUACCAUCUUCAGGUAUUUUGCAUUUAUGGUCAGUUGGUUUGAUAGACCCUGUGAAGAAUCAAAUCAUUGGAUAUGUGAGAAGCAUCGUUUCCUUCUGUGACCUUUCAGCGAAUAACAUCUAUAUUAA